UUUACCUCAGACUCAACACACAUCACAAACCACGGGAGGAGCGGGCUGAGAGAGAGCCACACAGCAGCUCAGGCUAGCGUUGUAUGACCGGGCACAUUCCUCACCGAGAAACAAGAGGUUAUAGCUAGAAAUGCAGCGAGGUGCCGCGUUUGGUCGUUCAACGUGUUAGGGUGGUUUGGAGGAUUUGUUUUAUGUCGGGCCGUGGCAACUCUCGUCUCCGCGAACUUCCAAAUUCGUAUUGGAAACUGGUUUGAAUGGAUAGCUUUUUCCUCCGCUCUUCCCCAGACGAGGGACAAUCGGAGGAGCACACGGACUGGGGAUAUCGCAGGCAAAGUUGUUGAACGUGUGUGUAUAGCAAAUGAACCGCUGUUUUCAUUGUUGUUGUACCUAUAUCAGCAGUUGGCUGCCUAGUGUCAGGUAGCUUAACGCUAGCUAUAAACAGGGUAUUUGUUCCCCCAAGAUACAGGUCGUGCUGUGCGUUGUCUUGUUGCCCCACAUUUUAGCUCAUUUCAGCGGGCCUCCCUCCUCGGAGCCCCCGGUCCAUCCUUCCAACCCCCCGCCGUCAGCCAGCGACUCGCACCCACCAAAGGCGCCGAGAUUGGGCGAAUAGCGAGCAAAUACGUCCGCGUUUCUCUACCCGCUCCCCCGCCGACCUCCCCUCCUCACUCCCCGGCGCUGACAGCGGACAAGGCCGAGGUCGCAACAGAGCAGGCCCGGCCGCCGAGGCUCGACCUGUCCACCCCACCUCCGCAUCUUACCACACCUCACCAGCAGUCCAGAGCCCGGUUCCCCGCCGAACCGACCCUGGACAAGGUCGAGGGUAACAGAGAUAGCAGGGAGCACCGCAUCACCACCACCACAACAACAGCUGCCAACAUGAACCACCACCAUCACCACACGCAGCAGCAGCAGCAACAGAAAGCCGGCGAGCAGCAGCUCAGCGAGCCAGAGGACAUGGAGAUGGAAGCUGGGGACACAGACGACCCUCCAAGAAUCCCGGCGAACCCAGUGAUCAAUGGCAACGUGGCCAUGGCAGAUGGACACAAUAACACAGAGGAGGACAUGGAGGAUGAUACCAGUUGGCGAUCAGAGGCGACUUUUCGCUUUGUGGUAGAACGCUUCAGCCGCCUGAGUGAGUCUGUGCUCAGCCCGUCCUGCUUUGUUCGAAACCUUCCAUGGAAGAUAAUGGUGAUGCCGCGCUUCUACCCGGACCGGCCACACCAAAAGAGUGUGGGCUUCUUCCUGCAGUGUAACGCAGAAUCAGACUCCACGUCAUGGUCGUGCCACGCGCAGGCCAUGCUGAAGAUCAUCAACUAUAAAGACGACGAGAAGUCUUUCAGCCGCAGGAUCAGUCAUCUGUUCUUCCACAAGGAGAAUGAUUGGGGCUUCUCCAACUUCAUGUCCUGGAGUGAUGUGACUGAUCCAGAGCGGGGCUUCAUUGAUGACGAUAAAGUCACAUUUGAAGUCUAUGUCCAGGCAGAUGCCCCACAUGGAGUGGCAUGGGACUCUAAGAAACACACAGGUUAUGUUGGGCUAAAGAACCAGGGAGCUACCUGCUACAUGAACAGCCUGCUACAGACGCUCUUCUUCACCAACCAGCUACGACGGGCGGUGUACAUGAUGCCCACAGAGGGAGAUGACUCGUCCAAGAGCGUUCCCCUGGCACUGCAGAGGGUUUUCUACGAGCUGCAACACAGCGACAAACCCGUCGGCACCAAGAAACUCACCAAGUCCUUUGGAUGGGAAACACUAGAUAGCUUCAUGCAACACGAUGUACAGGAGCUGUGCAGAGUGCUCCUGGACAAUGUGGAGAACAAAAUGAAAGGCACUUGUGUUGAGGGAACAAUCCCUAAGCUCUUCAGAGGAAAGAUGGUGUCAUAUAUCCAGUGCAAGCACGUGGACUACCGGUCAGAGCGGAUAGAGGACUACUAUGACAUCCAGCUUAGCAUAAAAGGAAAGAAGAACAUCUUUGAGUCAUUCAAAGAUUAUGUUGCAACCGAACAGUUAGAUGGAGACAACAAAUACGACGCAGGAGAGCACGGCCUGCAGGAAGCAGAAAAGGGGGUGAAGUUCCUUACCUUCCCUCCAAUCCUCCAUCUGCAGCUCAUGAGGUUCAUGUAUGACCCACAGACUGACCAAAACAUCAAGAUUAAUGACAGGUUUGAGUUUCCAGAUCAGUUACCCCUGGAUGAGUUUCUUCAGAAGCCAGACUCAAAGGACCCGGCCAACUACAUUCUGCACGCCGUGCUUGUGCACAGCGGGGACAACCAUGGCGGUCACUACGUCGUCUAUCUUAACCCAAAAGGAGACGGCAAAGUGAGUGUCAAGGAGCCAAUAUGGUGUAAGUUUGAUGAUGACGUGGUGUCGCGGUGCACCAAGGAGGAGGCCAUAGAGCACAACUAUGGUGGACAUGACGAUGACCUCUCAGUGCGUCACUGCACCAACGCAUACAUGUUGGUCUACAUCCGUGAGUCCAAGCUCAGCGAGGUGCUCCAGCCAAUGACUGACGUGGAUAUCCCUCAGCAGCUGGUUGAGCGUCUGCAGGAGGAGAAAAGGGUGGAGGCACAGAAGAGGAAGGAGCGCCAAGAGGCUCACCUCUACAUGCAGGUCCAGAUAGUAACAGAGGACCAGUUCUGUGGUCAUCAGGGCAACGACAUGUAUGACGAGGAGAAGGUGAAGUACACAGUCUUCAAGGUCCUGAAGAGCUCUACGCUGCAAGAGUUCGUCCAGACCCUCUCCCAGACCAUGGGUUUUCCACAGGACCAGAUGAGGCUGUGGCCCAUGCAGGCCCGAAGCAACGGAACUAAGCGACCCGCCAUGCUCGACUACGAGGCCGACUGCAACAAGUCUAUGAUUGACUUGAGCGACAAUGAGAACCCCUGGACAAUAUUUCUGGAGACGGUGGAUCCAGAGAUGGCAGCCAGCGGGGCCACGUUACCCAAGUUCGACAAAGACCAUGAUGUCAUGUUGUUCUUGAAGAUGUAUGACCCCAAAACCAGAAGCUUAAAUUAUUGUGGACAUAUCUACACACCUAUUUCCUGCAAAAUAAGAGACCUUCUACCAGUCAUGUGUGAGAGAGCAGGGUUUCAGCAGGAAACUAGCCUUAUCCUCUAUGAGGAAGUAAAGCCCAAUCUUACAGAGCGGAUACAGGACUAUGAUGUCUCUCUGGACAAGGCCCUGGAUGAGCUCAUGGACGGGGACAUCAUUGUCUUCCAGAAGGACGACCCAGAGAACGACAGCAGCGAGCUGCCAACGGCCAAGGACUAUUUCCGGGAUCUCUACCACCGGGUGGACGUCAUUUUCUGUGACAAAACCAUCCACAACGACCCCGGCUUCGUCGUCACGCUCUCUAACCGCAUGAACUAUUUUCAAGUGGCCAAGACAGUAGCACAGAGGUUGAACACAGAUCCCAUGCUGCUGCAGUUCUUCAAGUCACAGGGGUACAGGGACGGUCCAGGGAAUCCUCUCAGACACAACUAUGAGGGAACGCUGCGGGACCUGCUGCAAUUCUUCAAACCUCGGCAGCCCAAGAAACUCUACUAUCAGCAGUUAAAGAUGAAGAUAACAGACUUUGAGAACAGGAGGAGUUUUAAAUCCAUAUGGCUCAACAGCCAGUUCAGAGAGGAGGAGAUCACCCUCUACCCUGACAAGCAUGGCUGUGUGCGGGACCUUUUGGAAGAAUGUAAAAAGGCAGUGGAGCUCUCUGAAAAAGGCUCUGAGAAGCUCAGGCUGUUAGAGAUAGUAAGCUAUAAAAUCAUCGGGGUUCACCAGGAGGACGAGCUGCUAGAAUGUUUAUCUCCGGCUGCCAGCCGCACCUUCAGAAUAGAGGAGAUUCCUUUAGACCAGGUGGACCUGGACAAAGACAGUGAAAUGCUAAUCCCUGUCGCUCACUUCCACAAGGAAGUCUUCGGCACCUUCGGGAUCCCCUUCUUGCUCAAGAUCAGACAGGGUGAGUCAUUUCGGGAGGUGAUGAGGAGGAUCCAGACCAUGCUGGACAUCCAGGAGAAAGAAUUUGAGAAGUUCAAGUUUGCGAUUGUGAUGAUGGGGCGGCAUCAGUACAUCACUGAAGACGAGUAUGAGGUCAACCUGAAGGACUUUGAACCACAGCCAGGUAACAUGUCCCACCCGCGCCCCUGGCUAGGGUUGGAUCAUUUCAACAAAGCUCCAAAGAGAGGUCGCUACACCUACCUGGAGAAAGCAAUCAAGAUCCACAACUAAAAGCAGCCCGCCCUUCCUCUUUGUCCUCCUCCUCCUCCUCCUCCUGCUCCGCCUUCCCUACUUUAACACACCAUAACCACAGACUGUAACCAACCGUGUGUGUGAGUGUGUGUGUGUGUGUGUUUGUGUGUGAGACUGUGUGGGCGUGCGUGCGUACGUGUGUGUGAUCAUCACUUUUAACACCCUGCCUGGACACCUCUACAGCUCUACACCGGCACUAUGUCUUCAGCGAUUCGGAUCUUGCUGCAGCUGACGGAUUAUUCUUCAACCACAAAAUAAACUGCACCAACCACCUCCUGACUGUCGAUUUUGUUGUUUUUUUCUUUUUUUUUUUCUUCUUUUUUUUAAAUCGUCUCCCUCCACUUUUUUU